AUGAGUGAUAACAAUGAGUGGUGUGUGACAGCCGGAGGACGAGAAGACGAGUGGUGUGAAUGCGACACUACGACAGUCAGUGGCUCGAUGCCUCAAUCGACGGAGACGGGAGACACGGAGUCUGUCGGGUUACGGGUUGGGUCGAAGAUUGCCACCCCUAGGCAGGUUGAGCAUGAGAUGGAGAUUGUGGUCAAAGUACUCCAACCUGGACCUUUAGGAAUUAUAGUGCAUACGUUUUCUGCUAAGGAGAUUGCAAAAGCCAAUUCUACUGUUAAGAAAGCAGUAGAGAAUUGGAAGAGGAAUGCAAUCAUAGAAAGAAAUAGGCCUCUUUUGAAAGAUUAUAUCUACUAA